GGGGCGACCCGGCGGGCUGCGGGCGCACCAGACGCCGGCAGUGGGCCAGUCCAGUCUGACCGCUCCUGGCGCUGCCUCUGUCCGUCGGGGCUGCUCCCGGACCCUGGAUCUCGCGGGCCGCAGACGGCACGGUUUCUUUCUGCCCCAAUUGUUCCAUCUUCCCUGGAGACAUGUCCCCCGGGAAUAUAAGCAGCCCAGUGUCCUGCAACGACAGUAGGGCCUGGGAGUUCUUUGACCCCAAGGACUUGAACUUGACUGACAAGGAGCUGAGACUCAAGUACCUGGGACCCCAGCAGACGGAGCUGUUCGUGCCCAUCUGUGUCACAUACCUGGUGAUUUUCGUGGUGGGCAUCCUGGGCAACGGGCUGACCUGCACGGUCAUUCUGCGCCACAAGACCAUGCGCACGGCCACCAACUACUACCUCUUCAGCCUCGCCGUGUCGGACCUGCUGGUGCUGCUGGUGGGCCUGCCCCUGGAGCUCUACGAGAUGUGGCGUAACUACCCCUUCCUGCUGGGUGCUGGUGGCUGCUACUUCCGCACGCUGCUCUUCGAGACCGUCUGCCUGGCCUCCGUGCUCAAUGUCACCGCCCUGAGCGUGGAGCGCUACGUGGCCGUGGUGCACCCGCUGCAGGUCCGGUCCACGAUGACUCGGACCCAUGUGCGCCGCGUGCUCGGGGCCAUCUGGGGCCUUGCUGUGCUCUGCUCUCUGCCCAACACCAGCCUGCACGGCAUCCAGCAGCUGGUCGUGCCCUGCCGGGGCACGGUGCCCGGCUCGGCUAUGUGCAUGCUGGUCCGCCCAAAGACCCUCUACAACCUGGUCAUCCAGAUCACCACUCUGUUCUUCUUCUGCCUGCCCAUGGCCAUCAUCAGCGUGCUCUACCUGCUCAUCGGGCUGCGGCUGCGGCGUGAGAAGCUGCUGCUGCUCAGGCAGACGGCCCAGGGCAAGGCCAGGGCCAGGGACAGCCGCAAGCUCCAGUCACCACAGGACAGGAGUCGGACACAGGUGACCAAGAUGCUGUUCGUGCUGGUCCUGGUGUUCGGCGUCUGCUGGGCCCUGUUCCACAUCGACCGCCUCAUGUGGAGCUUCGUGUCCGAGUGGACCGAUGGCCUGCACCUGGCCUUCAAGUACGUGCACGUCGUCUCCGGCGUCUUCUUCUACCUCGGCUCGGCCGCCAACCCCGUGCUCUACAGCCUCAUGUCCACCCGCUUCCGGGACACCUUCUGGGAAGCCCUGUGCUUGCGGGCCUGGUGCCGGCGCCGCAGACUCCGCGGCAGCUCCCGCAGCCUCAGCGGGGUGAGCACGGCCAGCACCCUGUGA